GUUGCAGGUGUUUUUUCGUGGCUUCUUUUCUCUUCUGCGGGCACAUGUUCAUAGCGUCUGACGCUUAUCUAUUCCAUUGCUGACCUCAUUUACGGAAUCUGCUUUUGUGAUGCAAUGCAUUGAUGAAUUGGUUUGUUUGGCUUUCUGCUCGGUACUGUUUUAGCUUGGUUGUCAAGGUCUGGUGCAUGCCACCAUCUUUUCUGUUUCGAAUGCCACGAGUUGCACUUCGAAGGCGGCUUCUCUAUUCUAUAUGUGGCAUCAUUCAGUCUACGAUGAUACACGGGACAGGGCCAAGAUGCUCUCUCUAAUUUUUAAUCCCAACCUGCCACAAUCCCUUCAUGUUUAUCAGAUCCCAAAUAUUAC